CUCUCUCAAGGUACGCUGCACCCUCAUAAUCAACACUACCUACGGAGUAGCUAGGUAUCUACAUACAACGUGAAGCUCCUUUCAAUGACAAGCCAUGUCUGACCUUCUUCUGUAGCGUCCUCCAGAACUCCAGCUGCUGUGAGGUACCCGUACUCCGUACCCCUGCCAGCCCGCCUAUCCGCCCAUCACCAUCCAUGGCGGUUUACCCUGCACCUGCACUUCCACACUUCCCAAUUGCGACCCUGGACCAGCCCAUCGUCGCUAGAAGCCUUAGCUCGCCUGGGCCUGGCAACUCAACCGGGGCUCCUCGCUCUCCGAUUCGCAAAUCUCCAUAUCUACUCCCCACGAUCCCCUCCUCGCCUCCUUCUCUCUCCUCUUCACCUCACAUCAUCACUUUACGUGACCUCACCGACCUCCACCCUCCUCCUCUUCCUCCUCCCCCGGGGUGCAUCUCAUCCUUUUUCAAGAGUUGCUUUCCCCUUGCUCGCCUUUCGUUUUUGUCUUUGGUCACAGAUAUAGACAGACAGCAGAACUUCUCAUCGCCUCUGCUAGUCCCUUGUCCUUGGCUCUUCACCCUUGCACUUGUCUCAUUGUCUUGCAUCGUGUCUCUGCCGCUCCACGCCGCCGCCGCCCUCGAUCAUCCGCCCCUCUAUUCCAUUGUCUCACCCUUGGUUCGACCGGCCCGCGUACAGCAUUUCAGAACCACCAGCCAAGCCUACUAUCAAAAGAUUACGCAUUCCUCUCGUAAACGACCCGACUCCUGACGGCUCUCCGUCCAGCUUCUUACCAGCCUUCAAUGCGCUCAACUUAAUCCCUAAUAUCAUAAUCUGUCCGAAAUCGCGGAGUCUGGUACCCGCUUGCUUGCUCGAGCUUGCAUUUGCCGAAAUCGUCUGUAUAGCGAAUCACUUAGCGUCCAAAGUCUUUCGAUUGUCAAUCACCUGUCAUAAGCUGCCUUGAGCUUUUUCAUCACGUCACGCACUGUUGAAUCACCGCCAGACUUUGACUUGAAAACGCCUACGUUACCCCUCGACAGCUUUACGUUUCGACUCUUUGCAUCAGCCCUUCGUCGUAUCCGUACCGAGCGUCACUUCGACUUGCCAGCCACAGCCGAGGCAUAAUGCGUUCUACCUUGGUCCUCGCCCAGCUGUCCCUGUUUUUGACGUCUGUUCACGCCUUCUUUCCUUGGGACGUAUCUGAGCAUUGUCCAUUCGAAGGUGGAUGCAGUUCCCACAAGAGGGAGUUGAAGGACCAAGAUGCCCUUGGAUCUGAUGCUGUCGAUGCCAUCAAGGCUAUCAACUUCCCCGGCUUCCACCUUGGCCCUCAAAUCACAAAGGAAUCUUUGACUAAAGAAUCCGAAUCCGAACGAGUUGCCCGCGAGGUUCAACGUCUUUCCCGCAAGUAUGCGAGAUUCCAGUCCGCUGCUGUUCGAGAGAGGGCAGCCAAGUUUAAGAGACAGAGCCUGUAUCGCAUUGUCACAGCGGCGGACACCACUCUCAAGACCGCAGCCGCCGUCGCUCAGGAUGGUACCGACUUUUCCUAUUUUGCUCAGGUCAAAUUAGGUUCCAAGGAGAAGCCUUUAUGGAUGCUCAUCGACACUGGAGCUGGAACUAGUUGGGUUAUGGGCAGCUCUUGCACAUCAUCGGCUUGCGAGAAGCACGGUUCGUACGGCCCUACGGACUCGGACACGUACAAGCCCAAGGGGGAGACUUUUGCUGUCGCCUACGGAUCAGGUUCAGUCAAGGGCGACAAGAUCACCGACACUGUUUCCUUCGCGGGCAUGAAGUUUGACUUCGAAUUCGGGGUGGCCAACGAGACGUCGGAUGAUUUCAACCACUUCCCUUUCGACGGCAUAUUGGGACUUUCCAUGGCGGGUGGCGAGACCGAGAACUUCAUGCAAGUUGUCAAGAGCUCCGGCCAGCUUCCUGCAAACAUUUUCUGUGUAUACCUCAACAGAGCGGCGGAUGGACCGAACACGAGCGAAAUCAGCUUUGGUACCUGUAACACCGAAAAGUACACUGGCAACAUCACUUACACCGGGGUUGGAAACGACAACGGAGACUGGGCAAUCCCUCUUGAUGGCAUUCAGUACGACGGCCUCAAGUCUGGCGCAGCUGGCAAGCUCGCUUAUGUUGACACCGGUACCUCUUACGUCUUUGGACCCCAGACCGAUGUCGCUGCCUUCCACAAGAAUAUUCCUGGAUCUACCUCGGACGAUGGCACGACGUACAAGGUGCCGUGCGACAGCAACAAGGAUGUAACAUACACAUUCUCGGGUGUUAGCUAUGUCAUCUCCCCUAAGGACUGGAGAUCCAGCCCUGCAGCAGACGGCACAUGCACCAGCAACAUUUACGGCCAUGAGGUCGUAGCGGGAGCCUGGCUUUUGGGAGACGUCUUCCUCAAAAAUGUCUAUGCUGUAUUUGACAAGGACCAAAAACGCAUAGGAUUUGCGACUAGAGUCGACCCUCCACCAGUUACCAGCACCGCAACUGCUUCGGCCACACCGGCAGUGGUUAACAACCCUGGCCAAACGACUGUGGUGUCAGCUGUUCCGACGACUGGUCCCGCCCUUGGUCUGGGAGGCCAUGAGACCGCCACAGGGAGCGCCGCUGCGCAGACCUCACCCGCAGCCCAGUCAGGGGCUGCAUCAUAUGCUUCUAUCACUCACAUCAAUGUGGCCGCUGCAGCAUCUUUCUGCUUGUUCGCCAUGUUGGGAUUCUUCUGAGGAGCUUAAGUUUUGUUCAAGCGCGGCGAUCUUGGGAUUGCAGAUAUGGAUGGGAAAUUGGAUGGUUACGUGCACAUGAUACCCCCUGGGGACCGACACAGACGGGCCCCUACAAUUCGGCCAUUGUAGAUAUAGAUACAACUUGUAAUGGUAAAUAAAAG